UUGUGGUGCCCCCUUUGAGCCUGGUGCCCUAAGCACGUGCUUAGUCUGCUUAAUGGUUAAUACACCACUGAUAAUGAGUAAUUUAUAGUGACACAAAUAGGACUGGUUUUUAAUUCUGAUGUACAGUAACUACUACCCAUGCUUAACACUACACAUACCAGGCUAAUUUUCACAGUGGAUGAAAUAUUUAAAUCAUAUGAAUAUUUAUUUAAUUAGUUUAAGUCAUGUCUCAAAAGUCACUAAUUCCCCAUCCUAUUGAAUGAAAUUAUUCUCUUCCUUAAUAUGAAUAUUAGUAUUAAAAAAGAAUAAAUAUUUAUAAACAUAUGCUGAUUUACCUUUCAUCUGUUCAUAAUAAUUAUUUUCUCAAGUAGCAGCUUAUCUUAGCUUCCCCCAAAUUAGAUUCUUCUAGAUUUAUUAAAACUGCAAAUUCCUUUACAUCAACUAUUCAGUUGAGGAUAGCAAAAGUUGCCAUCCACCAUAAUUAAUAGUUCCUUGUUAAAAAAGCCAAAAUAAUUAAAAGAUUAUUUUUAAAAAGAGGACAAAAAAGGAAAACAGAACAACAUUCAUAAGUUUGGAUUUGUGUGAUAAUUUGUUUACAAAAAUUACAUUUUUACUCUCCCAACAAACUAAAUUUAAAUUAUAUCACUCAUGCAGAGUGAUCUCCAUUGAACUGUAACACUAAACCAAUUUAAGAUAAUGAUUUUUGCCUGCACAGAAGUCAAUUUGCCUGAUGGAAGUAGGGCUACCUACUGCUUCAGUCCAGAAUGUCUCUUUAAAUAUGAAGUUCUGUUAAAAGUUCACUGAACAAUGUCCUUUAGAACAGUAUAAUAAAGUAAACCUGAAAUGCUGCCAUAGUCAAGAUGCUGAUCUGUUGACUAACCUUCUCCAGAAGCCUAAACUUUUUGCUGAAAAGUCCACAGUAGAUAUAGUUCGUACCUUUUUUUAAUGAAAAUUAUCAGUACUUUUGAUCAGUGAUGUCAUCAAAGUAAACAAACCCACAUGCUGAUUAUGUCACCAGAUCAUGCCCCUAAGCGGAAGUGACGUGCACAGCCCCCACCCUCGGGAUAUGACGUGCAUAGCCCUCCUCCCUGGCUGGGAUGUGCAUAAUUGACCCCACGUAGUGCAGGAUUCACAAGGUCAUAACCCUAGCCAGAUAUGUUGUAUUGGCCCUAAGCCCAUCAUGAUAAGUAUGAGUAGAACUAACAGAUACGUUGUUGUGCAAGGUCCUGGCCCUAUUUUUUCAGAUAAGACGUGUUGAAUCUAACCCCAUCAAGAAAGAUGCCAAGCCUCUGGGUAUAUGAUUAGCUUAACCCUAGACUAAUUCUAUGGACAUUCAAGGGGGAGGGAGGGUGUGAAAUAAAAAAAAUGUUUUUUAUUUCUAAUCAUUCUCCUAAGGCCUGCAUUUAACCCCACUUUUUUCCCUAAAAGGUAUUUAUUUCUAGGCAAUGAUGGUUUUAAUUUUUGUGGAGACAGAGCCUGCAUUUAACCCAUCUUUUUUUCUCCUAAAAAGUAUUUAUUUCUAGGUGGAUUUAAAAACAUUUCCUCGAAGGCUGGGGGGGAGGGGAAACACAGCCCUUUUAAACCCCACAGCUGGUUUUUACCUUUGUAAAAUCUAAAGGCACAUAUUUUGCACACUCAAAUACUCAUGUAACCAUUUUGAAGACCACCUACAGGAAAAGACAAGGAAUAUUAACAGGAAUUAAAAUGUUCACAAGAGGCAAGCCGCCGCAAGGGUUAAGCCUUGUUCAGGCAUGCCUGGGAAAUGCCCGGGCAUGUCAUACCCACCUGCCCAACCGCCCCCUGUGAUUCAGGGCAUGUACAAGUGGCAAGUCUGGGAUAUGCCCAGCAUGCAUUACCCACCCACUCACCCCCUGUGAUUCUGUGUAUGCUCAAGAGGCAUGCCAGGGACAUGCCUGGGCAUGUCAUACCUCCCAUGAUUCUGGCCAUGAACAAGGCUCAAGGAACUUGCCAUUACAAGAGCUGGGUAGUUUGCCUUAAUUUCAGCAGUCUCUUGAAGAUGGUAACCUCUGAUUCCAUAGAUGUUUUUAAAACAACAGCAAAAGCCAGCAUCGCAUGCUCUGACACAAGACCCCAGCCGCCAGAAUGCAACAAACCCUGUUGCAAGGGUUAUGAUAAAGAAAAUUUUUUAUUCAGACCUGUUUUGCAUGGUUGCAGCAUGGUGUGUUGUAAUUUUAACGAUGAUGUGCAGAGUACUUACCAGACAGUAUGUGAAACAGCAAAUGAUGCUUCAUUAUCUACCAGCAAUGACUCCAAAAUAAUAACUCCUAGACAGCAAACUCUUCAAGACACCCCGAUUUUGUAUUCCAGUGGUAAUUGCCACGGUCAUAAAGCUUCUGCAGAUUUUUCUGAUCUAGACUAUAACUGGGAUUCUGUGCUAUCCCAGAGACCACGCUAUCUACCCAGUGAGGUAAAGAGCUGCACUUUGUGUAAAGACUGGUUUGCUUGUGGCUGCAGACAUGAUUUGUGGAAUACAGACGAGUCAACAAAUUGUAAAAUAGUGUGUUAUGCCCCUCUAUAUUCUGCUUCUGAUAGUGGUGAUGAGGGAUAUUUUUCUGAUGCAAGGACCAUGCCCCUCUGAACUUUGUAUAACCAAUAAAAGAUUGUGUUAAUGUCUA